AUGCCCGUCACUGGCGCAUCCGGCACAUGGCUUGGGCCGUUGACCACGGCCUGGUCCAUCCCCGAUAGCUGCAGCCUCCAUGUCGUCGGCUGCGAAACUUGCGACGGGGCGUUCAGGGGACAACAAUGCGCAAUAAAGGACGAGAAAGCGGCUCCAAUGGACAAUACGAGCUGUUGGCCUCCUGUCAGACGAGGGGCCGGGACACCAGCCGCCCCUUUCGCGGGAUGGGGCUUCUACUCCCCCGGUCUGGCGUGUCCGACAGGCUAUACAUCGGCCUGCACGGCGGAAUAUGGCAGGCGACAGGACUGGGACCUGCAGUUCACCUUGGUAGAAGGCGAGACGGCAGUUGGGUGUUGCCCCACUGGCUUCAAGUGCACGAACCUCAACGGCAACACGUGUAUAGCGACGGAAACCGGCGUGACGGUCAGCACCGCCAGGUGUUCCGGGACAGACAUGGUCAACUUCGGCACGAGCACCUACCCGGUCUUUGUCGACUUUACGACAACCGUGACCGAAGACACCGAGACCGGCGGACGAGGCACGACCGCGCUGCCGACCACGGCGCAGGUGGUUUUGCUAGCCCAGAUGUUUCAGCUGAAUUAUCAGUCGUCAGAUCUCGCACUGGCAUCCAGCACAACACCGCCCACGACACAAUCCUCGGCCUCGGAGACCGCAUUCUCGAGCGCUUCGGAGUCGGCCGACUCGGGCUCUGCCUCCGACUCCUCCCCACCAGCCGCGGAAGAAGGCGGGCUUUCAACGGGCGCGGUAGUUGGAAUCGCCGUCGGUGCGGCGCUGGCGGGCAUCCUGCUGGGCGUGCUGGCGAUAAUAAUGUGUAUGAGGAAUAGGAAGAGGAAGAGAGCGGAGGGGGCAGCGUGGCAGGACACGCAAGCGGCGGAACAAUCGCACGACGACUACAAGUACACGGUGGAAAUGCCGCCCGGCGCGGACCAGCAGGGCUAUUCCGGGGUGGCGAACCAACCGCACUACCAACCGCAGUACGCCGAGAUGUCCAACCCGGGGGUAUAA